UCCUUUUUCAGAGGUUGUGAAGAAUAUGGAUGAAAACAAAAAAUUAAAAAUGCAAUUUAACAUAGUGCCUAUCAUUGAUAACGAUAGCCAAAGUGUGUUGAGUUUCAUAGAAAAGUAUUUUAUCCGAGACGAACCUUUAAAAGCAAGUGUAGCAUUAAUUAAAGAAAAAGAAUCAAUAGUAAAAUUUAAAGAUUUUUGCUGCAAUAUUUUUAAUAAUGGUGAUAACAUUUUAUAUGUUAUGGGUGUCACGCUUAAUACCAUAAUGAGUAAGGAUGAUCUAAUUGUUCAAUACGGUGAUGAGAACUUUAUUUCAAAUUUAAAGUUUGAUGACAUUGAGGUUUUUUUGUACAAAAUCCGGCGAGAUAUUGAUCUAUAUGAGAAAUAUCCGAACGUAGAUCGUAUAAUGGAAUUAAAAAUUAUUUCAGUUAAUGAGAAGUACAGAGGACAAGGCGUUUGCAAAGCUCUCAUCAAUAAAUUAAAAGAGUUGGCAUUGAAGUUGGAGUAUAAAAUGAUGUACGCGGAGUGCUCCAGUUGUUUUACAGCUAAAGCUAUGGAAAGAGCUGGUUUCCAAUGCAUAUAUUCCUUGUCUUAUUCGGACUAUGUGAACAAACAGGGCAAACAAGUUUUCAAUAUGGCACAGCCUCCCCAUGAAUGUAUCAAAGUUCAAGUGUUAGAACUCUAAAAUAUUUAAUAUUUGUUGAUUAAUUACAUAAUAUGCUCAACCAAAAAAAUGAGUACAUAAACAUAAUAUUAUAGGUAUGUAGGUACAUUGUAUAAUGUUUCAACGAAACAAAUACCAAUUAUACAGCAAUACAUAUAAGUUCAAAUAUAUAUAUUCAAUUUUUAUGUUUUUUUUUUAUGUACCUAUAAAUUCAUAAAAAAAUAUAAAAUAAAAAUUUAUUGUA